CUCUCAUUUCGCAACCGAAAAAAUCAAAUCAAAUUCAAAACAAACUAAACCCUAAACUUUCACUUACCUUCCAACGCAGCAAGAAAAUACUUUCUCGUUAUCCAAACACUAAUUAGAAAAGGAAACGAGUUUUAAAAGAUGUGGAGCCAGCCUUAUGGGAAGACUGACGUGGAGGCCGGAGCAAGGCCUCUGUAUCCGAUGAUGUUAGAGAGUCCGGAGCUUCGCUGGUCUUUCAUCAGAAAGGUUUAUUCGAUUAUAACCAUACAGUUGCUGGUGACAAUCGCGGUGGCGGGGACGGUGGUUACGGUGCGUCCCAUCUCUGAGUUUUUUGUGAGUUCGGGGGCUGGCUUGGCUGUUUAUAUAGUACUGAUAAUCACUCCUUUUAUUGUGUUGUGCCCGUUGUAUUACUAUCACCAGAAGCAUCCGGUUAAUUAUUUCUUGCUGGGAAUUUUUACUAUUUCUCUCGCAUUUGCUGUUGGAUUGACAUGUGCAUUUACCAGCGGGAAAGUUAUUCUAGAAUCGGUAAUUCUGACUGCUGCGGUGGUUGUGUCACUCACUCUUUACACAUUCUGGGCUGCCAAAAGAGGCCAUGACUUCAACUUUUUGGGGCCCUUCUUGUUUGGUGCUAUUAUUGUUCUAAUGCUGUUUGCUUUAAUUCAGAUUCUAUUUCCUCUGGGUAGAAUCUCAGUAAUGAUCUAUGGGUGCUUGGCGUCAAUCAUAUUCUGUGGGUACAUUAUAUACGACACAGACAACCUGAUCAAGCGCUAUUCUUAUGAUGAGUAUAUAUGGGCUGCAGUUUCUCUCUACCUGGACAUCAUUAAUCUUUUCCUCUCACUGCUUACUAUCUUCAGAGCCGCAGACAGUUGAAGAUGAUUGCUGAGGUUUUGUUUCUCUUGGCUUUUGGAUAUAAGAGAUUCUUGUUAAUUACCUUCAUGUUUUUCAUUUAUUAACGUUUUGCAGAUAAAUGUGAAUGUUGUAAAAACUUGAAUGCUAUUAAUUACAAUUAGGAUAUACCUUUUCUCCAUUCUUCGCUGUUAAUUAAUUGGCACUGGAUGUAAUAAAGCGUUUGAGAUUCCUUUCA